CAAAACCCCCUCUUUUUCCCACUGAACCCCGCGUUUUCUUCUCCCUCUUCUCUCUCGCAACUCAAAUCAUUUCCAACCGGAGUCGCCCUCUUCCCGCCGUCAAAUCCAAAUUCCGGCGAACACCCACCUCAUUUUUAACCAUUCCAAACAAACCCUCUUCAUCUCACAACCUCUAAACAAACCAACACUACAUGGGUAACUGCAACACCUGUGUCCGGCCGGACACCGGCGCCGACAACGAAACCCACAGUACAAAUCAAAAACCCAAGAAGAAGUCAAGAGAAAGAAAAUCAAACCCAUACUCCGAGAACACAACCCCAUCGCCAGCACCGAUCCGCGUCCUUAAAGACGUGAUACCACUGAGUCAUAGAACUCGGAUCGGCGACAAGUACAUACUGGGCCGAGAACUCGGCCGAGGUGAGUUCGGGAUAACAUACUUAUGUACAGACAGAGAAAGUAAAGAAGGGUUAGCUUGCAAGUCAAUCUCAAAGCGGAAGCUACGAACAGCAGUUGAUAUUGAAGAUGUCCGAAGAGAAGUGGCGAUCAUGUCGAGUUUGCCGGAUCAUACAAAUAUAGUAAAGUUGAAAGCUACGUACGAGGACAAUGAAAAUGUGCAUUUGGUUAUGGAGUUGUGCGAGGGCGGUGAGCUGUUUGAUAGGAUUGUUGCGAGGGGUCAUUACAGUGAACGAGCUGCUGCUAAUGUUGCGAGAACUAUUGGUGAAGUUGUGAGGAUGUGUCAUGAGAAUGGUGUGAUGCAUAGAGAUUUGAAGCCGGAGAAUUUUUUGUUUGCUAAUAAGAAGGAGAAUUCUGUUCUUAAAGCUAUUGAUUUUGGUCUCUCUGUGUUCUUUAAACCAGGGGAGAAAUUUUCGGAGAUCGUUGGGAGUCCGUAUUAUAUGGCGCCGGAGGUGUUGAGACGGAAUUAUGGACCGGAGGUUGAUGUGUGGAGUGCUGGAGUAAUACUUUAUAUUUUGUUAUGCGGGGUUCCUCCGUUCUGGGCAGAGACGGAGCAGGGUGUUGCUCUGGCAAUUUUGAGGGGGCAGAUUGAUUUUAAGAGGGAACCAUGGCCUCAAAUUUCAGAUAGUGCUAAGAGUCUAAUACGAAAGAUGCUGGAUCCAGAUCCUAAAAAGCGUUUGACCGCGCAACAAGUACUCGAGCAUCCCUGGCUACAAAAUGCUAAGAAAGCACCAAAUGUCCCGUUAGGAGAUAUAGUGAGAACGAGGCUCAAGCAGUUUUCUAUGAUGAAUAGAUUUAAGAAGAGAGCAUUGAGGGUAAUUGCGGAACACUUAUCUGUCGAAGAGGUUGAAGUAAUCAGAGAUAUGUUUGCAUUAAUGGACACUGACCAUGAUGGUAAAGUAUCAUAUGAUGAACUAAAGGCUGGCCUUCGGAAGGUUGGUUCCCAACUGGGUGAACCAGAGAUUAAGAUGCUGAUGGAAGUGGCUGACGUUGAUGGGAAUGGAGUACUGGAUUAUGGAGAGUUUGUAGCUGUAACAAUUCACUUACAGAAGAUGGAAAACGAUGAGCAUUUCCGCAGGGCAUUUAUGUUUUUUGACAAGGAUGGUAAUGGAUACAUAGAUUUAGAGGAGCUACGAGAUGCCUUAUCAGAUGAAUAUGGUGAAACGGAUGACGAUGUGCUGCAUGACAUCUUGCGUGAAGUUGACACUGACCAGGAUGGAAGCAUCAGUUACGAAGAAUUUGUUGUUAUGAUGAAAGCUGGAACUGAUUGGAGAAAGGCAUCUCGGCAGUACUCAAGGGAGAGGUUCAAGAGCUUGAGCCUUAACCUGAUGAAAGACGGUUCAUUGCAGCUCCAUGACGGGCUGACAGGUCAAACUUAUGCAGUCUAAAGUAAAAGAUUCAUGAUUUUGUUUCGCUUGUGUUUCUUCCUUUACAUCAACUAUUUACAAGUCUGGUUUGUGAGUUUCACAAACUUAGUAAUAGGAGGCACAUAGAGAAAUCUCGGGCUCAAUUUAAUGGACCCGGCAUGCAUCGGAAGAUUUGAUCACAGUAGUUAGGCGUCACAUUUGUCGCGGAUUCAAACUAGCGUUGCCGUGCUUUGUAUAUUUUGGUUCUUGGUGGUGAUAAGAUGGUGGUGUUCUUUUAUUUGAUUUUCUGAGUUGAUGCAGAAGAUGGUUUGUGAUGAGAAGUUUGAGGUGGUGCCAAAUGUUGUAGUUUCUGCACUUGUUUGCAAGGCAAUUCCAUUUGUAUAUUCUUGAGUGCAAAUCAAUUACAGUAAGUUUUCUCA